AUGGGUCACAGUGAGGACUUUGGGCUUCAGCCUAAGAGCCAGGAGGAAGCCGAUCCCCGGCUGAAGAGGGGAGCGUCGUGGCCGACAGGCUUCAGCAAGACCCCUGAGCCAGUGGAGGAGGCGCAGGGGCAGCUGGCAAGCACAGAUACCCCUCAAGGCCGAUGGUGUGGCUGCUCCAUCUACACAGCAGGGCUGGGAGAUGCGAAGGAACUGGGAGACCUGCGGAUUACGGGGCCUAGCGGUCGGGAUCAGGGGCUCCCCGCUGUCGCCCAGAUCUGUGGUCAGGGUGCCGCCCAGCACCCGCCUGUCCCCCACGGGAGCUGCAAAGAAAACCUGCUCCCCACGGAUGCCCCGCUUGGGAGAAGCCGAACGCCACAGUGUUCUGCUCCAAAUGCAGCGGAUGUGCUGGACAGUCCAGCCCAGCUCUUGAGCCUGGAGAAGCCCCAGUCUCGGGAGUCCUCGCUGAGCACAGCCCCACAGACAUCGCUGCCGGGCACAGCACACACGGGCUGCACUGCCCAGGUGUCAGAGGAUGUGAGCAGCCAUCCCUGGCCAGGUCCCGGCUGGGCAGCAAGGCGUGAGGACGGAGCGCUGGUGACUCCAGGCGUGCGCUGGGCCCGUGACAGGAUAAAGCCCCGAGCAGGAGCCAGGGCUCGUGACUCCACUGUCCUCCCCAGGUGGCUUCGCCUGACUCCCUGCUGGGCUGUGCGCUCCUGGGGUCCCCGCUUGCCUGCCUCUGGUCCCCAGCGCCCAGCGCCGGGUGGUGUGGAUGGAGGGAAAUGCAGAGAGCAGGUGGGGGCAGGGGAGGCACGAAUGGUGUCUGUGCCAGGCGUCCCGUGGGGACAGCAGGACUGGGGUGGGUGAGGUGGGGCUGAGCUGGGAGUCCUGGAGCCAGGGUGGCCCUGCGUCGUCCCCGGCGGCAGAGAGGGCCGGGCUCUGCGCCAGCAACCUUGGGUCCAGGCGGCCACAGGGUCCCUUGAGCGGAAGAACGCGUGCGCCGCCAGGGGGCGCUGCUGAAAGUACCUGGAGGCGUGGUCUGCGCAUGGGGAGUGGACGGUAUCGCUAACGGCCCUGAGGCUUAAUGAACUCCCUUACUGCGACUUCUUCCCUCGAAACUACAAUUCAGUGUUCUUUAGCAUGUUCGCGGAACCGUGCAGCUGUUACCACUACUGGUUCCGGAUGAUUUUCAUCCUGAAAAGAAAUGCCCUCCUCUGUCCUCAAAGUCACUCGGUCCCUAGGGGUCUUUCCAUUGUCAACAGAUCCUGUGGCUGCCACGCUACAAAAUGUGGCCUCUGCAUCCCCCAAUCAGAGUUGUUCUGUGUGGGAGCACGAACCGGAGCUCUCUCUGUUUGGGGCUGUGUAGUACUCCAGCGUGUGGAAGGACCACAUUUACCUUGUGCACUGGCCUUGUUGGAUGUUGUGGUCUUCCUGUGCCAUGUCGCUGUGAGGAGUGCAGAUAUGAACCUCCCUGUGCUGCUGUGGUGCAGACAGAUGUUUCCAGUUCUCCCACGCACUGUUUCCCUAGGGGAGGAACCGCUGGGUCAGAGAUAACUUUGGGCUUUUGAGGAACCCUCUGCCUCCUCGCCAGCAGGCUGCGAGGUCGGCCCGUCCCUCCUCUGACCCGUACUUGCUCUUCUCUGCUCUCAAGCCACCCCCGUGCUGUGACUGAGUCUUCACGCUGCUCCCUGCCCAUGCAUCUGAAUCCUGUUGAGAAACGUCUGUUCUGACCUCCUGGGCUGAUCAUCGGCCUUGCCACUGGGACAGGAAUGUCCCCACAGGCUCCCAUGUGGGAGGCCUGGUCUCCAGCGUGGCGCUCUUUGGGAAGCCCUCCCAUCCCCUGGGUUGCCCUCGAAGGGGACCGUACUACACAGUGUCACUGUCUUCCACCUCCUGGCCAUGAGGUGCAGGUUUUGUCCCAGCUCCUGCUCCUACCACGGUGCUCUGCUUGCCACAGGCCCCAAAGUGGCAGAAGCCUGUAAAACAGAGAGCAAAGGAAACCUGCUCUCUCCAUAAGCUGAUUAUCAAGGGUGUUUACUACGGGAAGAGAGGCCAGCAGGGUGUGUGUGAGUGUGUGUGUGGCGCUAGGGAGUGAAGCAGGGCCUCACAGCUGCUAGGCAAGUGCUCCACCACCGAGCCACAUCCUAGCCCUUUCCAUUUUAUUUUGAGAUAGGGUCUCACUAAAGUGCCCAGGUUGGCAAUGAACAUGUGGUCCUCUUGCCUCUGCCUCCUGAGUGUCUAGGCUUAUCUGUUUGCCACCAUGCCCAGCACAGCCUUCUAUACGUGUCUAGAUAUAGAUCCCAUAUCAGACCCAUGACUGAAAAAUAUUUUCUUGCAUUCUAUGGUUGUCUCUACCUUUGAUGGUCUCCUUCAAAGCACAAAAGUUUUGACUUUGAUGAAGCUUAAUUUCCUGGUUAUUCUUCUGUUGCUUAUGCCAUUUCUAAGAAUAAAAUGUCCUCAUC